AGCGGGCGGUGAGGACGUGGGUGUGGGGAAUGGGAAAUCCCGCCGGGGUGCGUCGGCUGGCUCGCAGCUGGCGCGGCGCUCCGCAGUCUCUGGGGGCCCACCUGGCGGGGGUCUCCGGAGCGGGGCGGGCGCGGGCUGCCGAAGGAAGUCAGGGCUCGGGAGAGCGGCGAUCGACAGCGUUUAGCCGGCCCCUCUUGCAUUCGGUGACGGGGCUUCAGCCUCCAGGCGCUCGACCUGGGCCCAGUGGCUUCGUCAAUGGGUUAGGGAAUAACUGGUAUUGAUCCGUCUCGGACAGAAGAAGGCUGGAUCGAUCAGCUGGAAAAGAAACUGGAGAAGACGUCCUUCCAGCUUGCUUUCUUUCCUUACCGUUCCUACCAGUCCUCGAAACAGUGAAACUUCGCGGCAUCUGUCUUACUUUCAGACGCUUCCUUAGCAGACUGUUUUCUGCGCCCCUUAACUGCGCCAAUUUCGACAGGUUCUUUUUACCACAAGCUGCCUCUCCGCGGUUGGGUGUGAACGACCCUGUUUGCCCACAGAUACUGCCGGCGCACAGCUGGCACGUGUGCAGUUUCCUCAGCGCUCUGAAGCGCUGGAACCUGUGUCACGUGGGUGGUUAACGCUCCGGAUUCCUGUCACGGGCGCCUUCUGAGCCCUCCCGUCCCGCGGUCCUGGCGCCCACUCUCAGCUCUUCGUUUUCGGACUGCCACCAUCGUCCUGAAGGGCGUCCUCCGUACUUCAGAGUCUAAAUGCGAACCGUUCUUGACUUCGUUUAUUCCAGGGUGCGUCGCUCACAGACCGCUGAAGCUUCUCGCGGUCACAGCCAUUCCUUGGACCUUCUAUCAUCCAGACUGUCCCUUUUGGAAAUCCUCCUCAGAGAUGUCCUCCUGAACAUCUCUGUCCUCCUAGUACUAUAAUUACUGAUACCGAGUGAGGUACCUGAUUGUUGGCUGAAGCUCCUGGAAUUUUUCUCUUAUUGAGAUAGAACUUGGCUGAAAUCACAUUGCACAUAAAUUGUACACAAAUGCUUAGCCCAAGCCUGAAAAUUACUAGAAUCCUCCAGUUAGACAAAUUCAAACUACAGUGGGAGUUCUGUCUAGGAAGAUGCAGCCUCUGAACAAGUUGAUGGCUAUCUCAAAACCUCAAAACCUGAUUCAGCGUGAACAAAGUGAAGUCCUGAAAGCAGAAGUGUCCUGGCAGCAGGAAUCCAUUCCAGUCAUGGAAACAUACAACUCUGAGGCCUCUCGUCAAAAGUUCAGACAUUUCCAGUAUUUGGCAGUGUCUGGGCCUCAUGAAGCCCUGAGUCAACUCUGGGAGCUCUGUCUUCAGUGGCUGAGACCAGACGUUCAUACAAAGCAGCAGAUCCUAGAGCUGUUGGUGCUAGAACAGUUUCUGACAAUUCUCCCUGAAGACCUCAGGACUUGGGUGAAUUUACAGCAUCCAAAGAACAGCAAAGAAGUGGUGUCCCUCAUAGAGGAAGUGAUUGAAAUGCUUAAAGAUGAAGAGCUAUCCUGCAAGGAUUCUGUCCUCCAGAAGGGGAGCAUCAAGGAGAAAAUGGAAUAUGACUCACUAACUGGCGAUUCCCAGGAACCAGUAACAUUCAAAGAUGUGAUUGUGGAAUUCAACGAGGAAGAGUGGGGACAACUGGACCCUGCUAUAAAGACUCUGCACAGGGAUGUGAUGCUGGAGAACUAUAGGAACCUGAAUUCGUUGUAUCAAGAACAUCUAUUUUCCAAGCCAGUUGAGAUCUCCAAGUUGGAGAGUAAGGAAAGAAGAUGGACAGUGGAGCACAAAAUCCCAAGCACAUCUGUUUUGGGGACAGCCCAGACCAUGGGACCAGAUGAUGCCAGGACACAAGAGGAACAAGAUGGUCAGGAGACAGUGCAGGGUGACGGAACAGAAUACAGAAUCCAAAUAAAGGAAAAAUUUUGUAUCAUGUGGGAUAAGAAGUCUUUGUUUGGAGAACCUGAAGAUUUCCAUCUUGGAGUUGCUCAGGAAGAUCAAGAACUGUUGGAACAUCUAUUCGAUGUGGAUGUGAAAACUGGUGAGCAGCCCCAGACUGUCGUGCUCCAGGGGGCUGCUGGAGUUGGGAAAACAACCUUGGUGAGAAAAGCAAUAGUAGAUUGGGCCCAGGGCAAUCUCUAUCAGCAGAGGUUUAGCUAUGUUUUUUAUUUCAAUGCAAGAGAAAUCAACCAGUUGAGAGAACAAAGCUUUGUUCAAAUGGUAUCAAAGGACUGGCCCAGCAGGGAAGGUCCUAUUGAAAGGAUAAUGUCCGAGCCAAGUAGUCUCCUUUUUAUUAUUGAUAGUUUUGAUGAACUGAACUUUGCCUUUGAGGAACCUGAAUUUGUGCUAUGUGAAGACUGGACCCAGGUACAUCCAGUGUCCUUCCUUAUGAGUAGUCUGCUGAGGAAAGUGAUGCUCCCUGAGUCAUCUUUAUUGGUGACAACGAGACCUACAGCUUGUAAGAAACUAAAGCCUUUGUUGAAGAACCAGCGUUCUGUAGAGCUGCUGGGUAUGUCCGAGAGUGCAAGAAAGGAGUAUAUUUAUCAGUUUUUUGAAGACAAGAAGAGGGCCUUCCAGGUAUUCAACUCACUAAGAAGCAAUGAGAAGCUUUUCAGCAUGUGCAAAGUCCCCCUGGUGUGCUGCGCCAUCUGCACCUAUCUGGAUCAGCAGAUGGAGAUGGGUGGUGAUGUCUCAUUAACCUGCAAAACAACCACCACUCUGUUCACCUGCUAUAUCUCUAGCUUCUUCGCACCAGUAGAUGGAAGCUGUACUAGUCUACCCAACCAAUCCCAACUGAGGAGCCUGUGCCACUUGGCUGCCAAAGGAGUGUGGACUCUGACAUCUGUGUUCUACAGGGAAGAUCUCAGAAAGCAUGGGUUAACUAAAUCGGAUGUGUCGAUUUUCCUGGACAGGAAUAUCCUUCAAAAGGACACAGAGUAUGAAAAUUGCUAUGUGUUUACCCACCUGCAUGUUCAGGAGUUUCUUGCAGCUAUGUUCUAUGUAUUGAAAGACAACUGGGAGACCAGGGACCGUUCCCUUCAGUCAUUUGAAGAUGUGAAGCUAUUGCUUGAAGCCAACAGUGGCCAAGAUCCCCAUUUGACACAGAUGAAAUGCUUUUUGUUUGGCCUUUUGAAUGAAGAUCUAGUGAAACAACUGGAGACAACUUUGAACUGUACAAUGUCACUGGAGAUAAAAGGGAAGAUCCUUCAGUGGCUGGAGAUCCUGGGGAAGAGUGAACAUUUUCCAACACAGUUAGAAUUUCUGGAGUUGUUUCUCUGUCUGUAUGAGACUCAAGAUGAAGCAUUUAUAAGCCAGGCAAUGAAACCUUUCCAAAAGGCUGUUAUUGAUGUUUGUGGGAAAGUCCACUUGCUUGUGUCUUCAUUCUGCCUUAAGCACUGCCAAUGCUUACGGGCCGUUAAACUGUCUGUAACUGUGUCAUGUGAGACAAUGUUAAACACAAGCCUCCCAGCUGCACUUUGGCAAAGGGAUGAUGGUCACAUUACUCAUUGUUGGCAAGAUCUCUGUUCUGUGCUUCAUACAAAUGAGCACUUGAGAGAACUGGAACUGUGUCAUAGCAACCUCGGUGAAUUAGCCAUGAAGACUUUUUAUCAAGAACUGAGGCAUCCAAACUGUAAACUACAAAAACUAUCGUUGAGAUUUCUUUCUUUCCCUGGUGGUUGUCAGGAUAUUGCUAAUUCUUUGAUUGACAACCAGAAUCUGAUGCACCUUGACCUGAAAGGGAGUGAUAUAGGGGACAAUGGAGUAAAGUCAUUAUGCGAAGCCUUGAAACAUCCAGAGUGUAAACUACAGAAUCUGAGCUUGGAAUCCUGCGACCUAACUACAGUUUGCUGCCUAAAUAUCUCUAAGGCUCUCCUCAGAAGCCAGAGCCUGAGAUUUCUGAAUUUGUCGACCAAUCACCUAUUGGAUGAUGGAAUCAAGCUGUUGUGUGAGGCCUUAGGACAUCCCAAGUGUCACCUAGAGAGACUGUCCCUAGAAAGCUGUGGCCUCACAGUAGCUGGUUGUAAGGAUCUUUCUUUGGCUGUAAUCAACAACAAAAGGUUGACACAUUUGUGCUUGGCGGACAAUAUCUUGGGAGAUGAUGGAAUAAAAUAUGUGACUGAUGCUUUGAAAAACCCACAGUGCAAUCUCCAGAGCCUCGUAUUGUUGGGCUGUGUUCUUACUAGUACGUGUUGUCUGGAUCUGGCUUCUGCUAUUCUGAACAACACACACCUGCGGAGCCUGGACCUUGGACACAAUGACCUGCAGGAUGAUGGAGUAAAAGUUCUGUCUGAGGCUUUGAGACAUCCAAACUGCAAUAUUGAGAGACUUGGGUUGGAAUAUUGUGGUUUGACCUCCCUGUGUUGUCAGGAUCUCUCCUCUGUUCUUAGAAGCAACCAAAACCUGAUAAAAAUAAACCUGAGACAGAAUACUUUAGGGCACGAAGGAGUGAUGAAGUUAUGUGAAGUCUUGAGGUCUCCUGAAUGUAAACUGAAAGUUCUAGGGGUGUGCAAAGAGGCGUUUGAUGAGGAAGCCUGGAAACUUCUGGAAGCUGUGCAAGUUAGCAACCCACACCUUAUCAUUAAGCAUGACUAUACUGAUCACAAUGACGAAGAUGGUUCCUGGUGGCGCUGUACCUGAUUUAAAGAACCUAAUGUUCUUUUAAAAAGUGAAAUAAAGGCCUCAGAGUGACAAGGUUUGGGGGUUCUUAGCUUUAGAUGCUUUGUGCCCAGUUGGUGUUUGAUGUCUGUUAGAUGUAGGUGAGUCAUUUCUCUGUAAAGUAUCUGUUCUACUUCACAUGGGGUUUGAGAGGCUAAAAUAAAAUGAAAAACAUAAGCUCUGUGAAAUGUAUAACAUGUUUUUAAUUGAAUGUAGAGCUUAAGAAUUCAGAUGUGAGAAGCCUAGAAAUGAGACUG